UUUUCAUUGAAAAGAGCAACAUGGCCUUAUUCCCUGCGUUUGGGGGAGCCUCAAACACAAAAGUUGAAAGCUCCCGUAAAGACCUGGAAUGGCUGAGCAAUCAGAGUUUCCACACAGAUGAUGCCCUGACUCUCCAUCAGAGAGUUGUGGAGAAAGCCAGUACUGAGGCUCAGGGCUUGUCGGAGACAAGAGACCAAAAACAUCAAAAAGAAGAGCAUGGCUGUGAUAGCGAUGAGUAUAUCAGAUCCAAAAGGAAGAAAAAGAAGGAAAAGAAGAAGAAACGAAAGAAGCAGAAGAAGAGGACCGGGGGGUCUUCUGAGAGCAGCAGCUCAGAGUCAGAUACAGUCUAUCCCAGUGACCUGCUGAAAAAAGCAGAGAGCGCUGAGCGACAGGAAUCUCAAGUUCAGCCCGGAGAUUCCUUCGCGUGGCUGGAUGACCUCCAGGGCUCCACCGAGAAACUUUUCUGCAUCGACAGGAGAGCAGAUCCAGCCAACUGGGAAUACAAGUCUCUCUACAGAGGAGAUAUAGCCAGGUAUAAGAGAAAAGGCAGCUCCUCGUUGGGACUGGACAGCAAGACCCAGGCUGUGAGCUGGAAUGACUCUGGUCCGGAGAAGAAACGCGUGGACAGAAAGCCAGAACGGUACUUCUCCUCAAGUUUCCGGCAAGUUCUGCGCUCAGACGGCCAGCCAGCUCUGCCCGCACUAACAGAACCCCUGACCAACACCCCUUUCAUUCCCCUUCCCGCCUACCCAGAGGACCAGAACCCUGCCGCGCAGCAGCCCAGCUCCUGGGUCAACCCACUAGGUGUUUACGACUCCAGCACCACCCUCUGGCUCCAGGGCAAAGGUCAGGCAGAGGUUAAAGGCCAGCAGCAGCGAGGCGAGGAGCCGGCGGGGGUCGGAGGCGGACCGCUCAUGGCACGCGUGGAGGAGUUCAAUAGGAAACUGCGGGAGAAUCCCACAGAAACGCACACAUGGCUGGAGUUCAUCAGGUUUCAGGAUGAGCUGGCAGCCCAUUCCGGCACUUUCUCCGGGGCGCAGGACAGUGACGCGGAGAGGAGGCGCGGGUCGGUUCGUGCUUUGCUGGAGAAGAAGGUAGCCAUUGCCGAGCGGGCCGUGGAGGCCAAUCCCAGCUGCGUGGAGGUCAAGUUGGAGCGUCUCAGACUGUGCAAGGAGCUUUGGGAACCAGCCACACUGCUGAAAGAGUGGAAGAAACUGGUAUUCCUCCACCCAAACAGUGCUCCCCUUUGGAGACACUACCUCCUCUUCACACAAAGUCACUUUAGUACUUUCUCGGUGUCCAAAGUCAACGCAGUCUAUGGAAAGUGCCUGAGCACUCUGAGUUCAGUGCUGGAUGGGAGUAUGGUUUCUCACCCACCAUUGCCAGGCACUGAGGAGGACAUGCUAGCAAUCUUCCUACAGCAGUGCCAUUUCCUGCGGCAGGCUGGCCACUCAGAGAAGGCUGUCUGUCUCUUCCAAGCUCUGCUAGACUUCACCUUCUACAAGCCAGACAGUGUCAAAGAGCUACCCACCAGACAGCAGGUGGAGUUUUUUGAGCCAUUUUGGGACAGUGGGGAACCCAGGGUUGGAGAGCAUGGGGCCAGGGGCUGGAAAGCUUGGAUGCAUCAGCAAGAGAGAGGAGGCUGGGUGGUCCCUCCAGAGGCUGAGGAUGAUGAAGAUGAGGACGAGGAAGAUUCUGAGAUCAAGGACAAAUCCUGGCCAAAGUGGAAGAUCUGGUUAGAUGUCGAAUCGUCUCGGGAGGCAAAACACUGGUUACCUUGGAGACCAGACAAAGCAAAGGGCCAAUCAGAAGAGGACUGUGAAGACCCUGACAGACAGGUUCUCUUUGAUGACAUUGGGUCUUCUAUGAUCAGGAUAAGAAGCCCAGCCCUGCAGCUACGCUUUAUCCUCUCCUUUCUUCAGUUCCUUGGCCUGCCAGGACCUGUGGGUACCACCAGAAGUCCCUCCCACAGUCUCAUCCUGGAUGACCUCUCACUCUUGGCUGAAGGUCCUGACCCUGAAAGACCCCUGACCUCUUAUGACUCUCUAAAGACAGGAGUCUGCUCUGUGGGUCACAUGACAUUCUUGCUCGACCCCAGGAGGCAGCCAGGCCUGUGUAAAUCAGGGGAGGAGUUUGUGCGGAAUGUUCUAGAACAGAUUAUGCCUCUGGUGUCUGUGCAGGACAGAGCUGCUCUCUCCCUCUGCUGGCUGCAGUAUGAGAAGCUCAAGGUGCUGAGGUGUGUUUGCAGCAGGAAUAAGAAGCGUUUGAAAGCUCAAGGUAAACGCAGUAAGAGGCUGGCAAAGCGUUUGCUGAAGGAACCAGAGAACAGAGGCAGUUUGGCCCUCUGGAGGGAGUAUGCCCAUCUGGAGUGGCUUCUGGGUAAUCUGGAGGAGGCACGCAAGGUGUUCGACACGGCUCUGGGACUCGGCAUAUCUCGAGGCUUGGCUGAUCCUGACCUUUGUGACCUCUGCCUACUUUAUGCCCAAUUAGAAGUUGAGGACGCCUGGAGGGUUGGUGCACAAAACUCUGGGACUCCCCCCACCUCCUCUUCAGCGGUCCAUGUGCUCACCAAAUUAGCUGAGGGUACAGGGUACGCUCCAUUCUCAGGCCAAAUUAACCCUGUAACUAUACUAAAAGCUAGGAAAACCUAUGAGCAGACCCUAAUGGCCAGCCUGCCAGGACAGGAAGAUGCCGUUUCCCACGGGGGCAGUAAGAAACUUAGGAGAGUGGCUGCACUGGUUGGUUGUUUUGGACUCUUUCAGUAUUUGACAAUGGGAAUAGAUGCUGCUGAUGCGGUCUAUAGCCAAGCAAGGGACAGACUAGCUGAGAGAUCAGCAAUGGAGGGCAGCAGUGACUCAGAAACACCCUCAGAAUGUGAGGCUGUGACUGUCCAGCAUCUAGCGCUGUUAAAACACCAUGUCAGCACCAACGUGUGCCCACUGUCACGACUCAGACUGGCGCUGACCUCUUCACUCACGCGUUUGCCCUCCAGCGCCCCCUUGUGGCAGCUGUACAUACAGGUCGAAAGCCGUUACCAUAGCGCAGGCCGCUCCCGCCGGUUUUUCCACAGCGUGGCCAAGGACAACCGGAGCGUCAUCCCACACCUGUUUGCCAUCACUGCGGAACAGCGUCGAAAAAGGCUGCUGGAUUCAGUGCAGAGGUCUGGCCUCCCUGGGGAAGUUCUCCCCACCCUCCCCGAAAAUGGCCUCAGUAACCGUAUCCGCUCACUUUUUGAGGUUGCCACGGCAACCGAGACUGGGGCACACUGUCCUUUGCUAUGGAGGAUGUACUUGAACUUCAUGGUGUCUGAUGGGAAUGCAGAGAGAGGCAGAGGAAUCUUCUAUAAAGCACUUCAAGAUGUACCAUGGGUAAAGGGUUUGUACAUGGACGCUGUUCAGCUCUUCCCUGAGCACAUCCAGGAGUUCUUAGACCUCCUGACGGAAAAGGAGCUGCGACUGAGGGCGCCCAUGGAGGAGGUGGACAUCCUGCUGGAGGACUAACAAAAACACAUCUUUGCCAAAGAAAUCUCAGCUUUGGACAUUCUGUUCAU